AUGGCGACCAGAGACGCAGCCACACCUGAAUCCGAGAGCAUGCAUCCAACGCACGAUGAACAGACACCACGAAAGAGGAAGAAGCACCUCACGAUCACACCCACUGACAGCCUCGAAGGAACGUCCUCCAUCGUCAAUGAAACGACUCACGAACCCCUCCUGUCAACCCUUUCCACCAUCGUCGAAACCGCCGUCAGUCUACAUGAUGAAGGGCACCGCAUCAUCAUAUGUUCGUCCGGCGCCAUUGGCAUGGCUCUACGACAGAUGAACUUGGAACGGCGACCCAAACACCUUCCGCAAGUCCAAGCCCUCGCAGCCAUAGGCCAGUGCAAAUUAAUGAGCAUGUGGGAUCAACUCUUCUCGCACCUUCGAGUCCCUGUAGCACAAAUAUUGCUCACGAGAAACGACAUAGCCGAUCGGACACAGUACCUGAACGCGCAGAACACGAUACAUGAGUUGAUACACAUGGGCGUGGUGCCGAUUGUGAACGAGAAUGAUACACUUUCAGUCCAGGAGAUCAAGUUUGGCGACAACGAUACUUUGUCUGCCAUCACAGCAGGCAUGGUGCAAGCGGACUACCUGUUCUUGAUGACAGACGUGGAUUGUCUGUACGACAAGAAUCCUCGUACGCAUCCUGAUGCCAAGGCUAUAGAGGUGGUGGAGGAUAUCGCCGACCUGGACGUGGAUGUCAGUAGUGCCGGAUCGUCCCUCGGGACAGGAGGAAUGGGCACGAAGAUCGUGGCGGCGAGAUUGGCGACUGCAGCAGGCGUCACAACGGUGAUCACACGGAGUAGCAAGCCCGGCAAUAUUGCUGCAAUCGUCCGCCAUGUAGAGGCGCAGAAAAGUGGUCUACGAAGCAUGGACGCAAGUGGAGAGUUGCCUGUCCGUCCUCAUCAGCCAGAUGUCGAGAAUCUGCAAAAGACUGCCGUGCUGAAUGAAACCGGUAUUUCGGCACCUAAACUGGACGAGCCAGAUCUACCACCACUGCAUACCCGAUUUCUUCCCGACCUUCAUCCAAUACGAGAUCGCUACUUCUGGCUUCUACACGGUCUAGCGCCACAUGGCACCAUCUACAUCGAUAGUGGAGCCUUCACAGCCUUGACUAAGAAGUCCGGUCUUCUUCCUGUCGGGAUCGUAGACGUGGAAGGCUCCUUCGGCCAAAGUGAAUGCGUGCGCCUCUCCGCCUUGCCAUCUCGUGACGCGCCACUCAGUGAAGCAGAGGAAGUCGGACGAGCAUUAGUGAACUACUCCUCCACUGAAGUUAAGAGGAUCGCCGGAGUAAGGAGUUCACAGAUUGCAGAGAUUCUGGGCUAUGCGGACUCGGAGUACGUCGCGCAUCGAGAAAGUGUAGCCCUCUUCAAGCGAGAGAUGUCUAGGCCGGCAACACCGAUGCAGACCGGAAGGGAGGACAAGAGAGCGAGCAUUGGGAGGUUGAGCAAUUAUGUGGAUGGGUAG